GACGAUGGAAGAGCAUCCGAUCAUAACCCUCAUUGUGGUAUAAAAGUGGUCCCAGAAAUGCGGUCCUGAAACUGCACCUCUGGUAUAUUGGUUGCUGUAGCAAAGUGAAAGUGAAAGCUUAGCUGUCAACACCUGAUCAACACUUCAUGUGUCUUUUAUGUAUGUGAGCGUGGUGUGCGAGUACGAAGAGCGUGCAUCCUGUCAAUCAUUCCUUAUGGCAACACUGGUGAAUAGAGUGUUGCAGUUUUCAGAAGGUUAUUUGAACAGGACAGGGCCCCGCCUCCUGAUAUACGGCACAACUCUAACCGAAAGUAAAGCUAAUUGCGCAACAGACGAGCUGCAACCUUCAACUGUGCGGACACAACCAGGACCUGUCUGGAAGAUCACAGCUGGUAGCACAGGGGUUACUGUCCCAUCCUGGCCCUUUUGUCCUGCAAGGCUGGAAAAAGAAUACUACGCUGUUUUCCCACAGUGGAUGUGUAACCCUGCUGAAAAAGACUCUUUAUUUACCAGCUAAUCAGAAGUCCUUCAGAUGACAGAGCAGAUCCAGCCUCUAAAACCCAAAGCUGUCUGUGUUUAUCAAAGCUGUGAUUAACAUGGAGUCUCAAAAAGGACUGAGGCUCUGAUGACUGACCAGAGAGGACCCAGUGAUGGAGGAUCUGCCAAUGCAGAGCAGAGGAAAUGGUGCAACAAGCAGACAAGAAAGGGAUUCUCUUUUGUAGGAUGGUCAGAGACAAUCUUGAUAAACCUGUAGUUCAGAGUGAGAAACAGAACCAAGCCCCUGAGAGCCAAAACCGGCAACCUGAAGAACCUGCAGGACCUGAACAAAAUAAGAGUCCAGAAAGGGAUAAACCAGAGAGCCCAGAGCUGCAGCUUGAGAGGAAGCUUGAUUUACUGCACUGGAACAAAUUCAACUUAGAGGAAGAGCCCGACACCUGGCGCCAGCCAUUGUCUGGUGCUGAUGCUGUGAAUUUCCCCACACACCUCCGUCCAUUCAGCAGCGCAGCAGAAUAUAGACUAGUGAAGCACACCUUUAUGCAGCUUCAACACAGUGGAUACUACUGGGGAUCAAUGACCAUGGAGGAGGCACACAGUAUACUCACAAAAGCACCCCUUGGCACCUUUCUCAUCAGAGACAGCGGCCAGUCAGAUGUUUUCUUCACUCUGAGUUACCAAAGCGAUGACGGGCCGACCAGUGUUCGGGUCCAGCUGAACAAUCUGCACUUCAGUCUCUAUGGCAGCCAUAGAACUUUUCCCUCACUCUUUGCUCUGCUCACUUAUUACACUGGUUCAUCCUGUAAGCUCACGGUACCCUAUCGCAGCCAGCGCCCUGAGCGGCUGAAGCAGAUGUGCAGGAGAGCUCUUGCCCGCACAUUUGCAGCAGAAAAAAUUAGCACCUUACCUGGAGUAAGCAGUCAAGACAAAGACUAUGUUCUUGCAUACCCUUACUGUAUAUAGCCACGCAUGGGCAAAGGAACUUUGAAGAUCUUUGUAAUGUGAUGUUAAUAAUAAUAAACUUAUUUUUUGUGUUUUUAUUUUCUAUUAAGUAUAAAUAACUUUAUUUUUUGUUUUUGUAUUUUAUAUUAAGUAUAAAAAAGUUUUGUUUUGUGGUUUUAUGAUUUGCAUUUGUUAAAUAAUUAUGUGCACAAAUCAUGUGAAUGCUAUAUUUUACACAGCAACGUGGUACAUGAUAUUGUUUUUUAUCAUCAACACAUGUACUGUUUAUGUAUAUAGGAUAUAUUUGCAAUAAUCAUGUAGCUGCUUGAUCUUUGCCUUUAUCAAAACACAUCUGUUUGUCAUGUCCAUGAAAUGUAAAAAUUGCUGCUGUUUAAAGCUGCAUUAAUUAAUGUUUGGCCACUAAAUGUCAAAAAACAGAAUGGCAAAAGAAGCUGACUUAACUAAAGUUUUAAAUAGUGAGCUGAAAUAUUAGCAGUUUUUCUACCUUGAGAUUUAAGUCAAGCCUAAUUUUUUUUCUCAGAAAGCUGCUUCAGUUUAAUUUGUGUCUCAUACAUUUUAUGUUGCAGUUAUCUCUGGGAAACAAGAUGUUUUCCAAAGAUGGUGAGUUACAUCAUUGUCUUGCGAAAAAAACAGGUAGUUUCUGGAAAACAUCUGACUUAAAUGACUGAAAAACAAGUGUAAAGGUUGCGUUCUUUAUACUUCAAGUAGCCUGCCUAGUUUGUAACCCAGAAAACAUGCAUGUUUCAUAAGCAUUUAUUUGAUAAUACCAACAAGAUCACUGAAAUGUUGAAUGUUAUACAUAUGCAACUGCUGUUUAGUCAUUUAAUGAUUACAUUGAAGGAUUUCUUGAAGAUCACCUUUGUUUUAUUUAAAUAGUUAUUAUGAAAAUGUGACUAACUUUUCAAAAGAUAAGACAAAUGCAUAUUUUACUACUUUACUUCCAGUGACUAGAUUUUUAGGUUUGUUCACCAGCUAGAGAUCUUCUGCUGCCUAGCUGCCAACAAGAAUGAUGAAAGCAGCUGAGACACAAAUUACAAGCAUGUUGUAAAUUCAAAAUUAAAACGGCUCAAAGUGUUUACAAUGCUCAUCAUAGAACAAGCAGUAGUAAUUUAUUUCCCUUGUUACAAAGGAAUAUUGAUUAAUGCAGUUUUACAUUUUUUAUCAUCACUUGAAAUAAUUUCACAUGUAGUUAAGUCAGCUGAUUGCAGUGGCAUACAAUGUAGGAAAGUCUGAUGCUUUAACAAAAGUUGUAAAUGUUGGGAAAUAAAUUAAUAUUUUCAGACCACAAA